AUGGCAUUCUCAAAAUGUGCAUUCCGUGCUUGGAUAGCCACAGUUCUUUUGUUGGCUGCCAAGGUGUUUGGUGCACCCUCAACAUGGAUCCACCCCGGCAUUUUGAUGAACACAACUCAACUCGACUUCAUGAAGGCCCAGGUUCUUAGCAAUUCGUCACCAAUGGCGUCCCCUGUGCACAUGGUCGAAUGUGGGUCAUAUUCUAACCCUGACGUUGGAUGUACCGCGGAACGCCAGGAUUCUAUCGCUGCUUAUAGUAUGGCACUAGCCUGGUAUAUCACGGGAGAGACAAAAUACGCGACCAAGGCCAUAUACUAUAUGGAAGAAUGGUCUUCUACUAUCACCGGCCACAAUAACUCCAAUGCGCCCCUACAGUCAGGCUGGGUUGCGUCUGUCUGGGCUCGAGCGGCUGAAAUUAUCCGUUACUCCGAUGCUGGCUGGAGUGACGAUGGAAUCGGCAAUUUUGAAACCAUGUUAUCAGAUGUAUACCUUCCCGAAAUUAUUGGCGGAAAUGCGAAUGCGAAUGGAAACUGGGAGCUAGUCAUGAUGGAAGCGUCCAUGUUCAUCGCCAUUUUCGUUGAGAACUCAACCGCAUAUGACACAGCUAUGAGCGUGUUCCUGGAUAGGGUUCCCGCCUACAUUUAUCUAACAUCCGACGGCGACGUACCUAUUGCGCCAGUUGAUAGCUCUUAUGAUACGACAGCCGAGAUUAAGGCCUAUUGGUACGGUCAAUCAACGUUUCUCGAUGGCCUUUGCCAAGAAACAUGCCGUGAUCUUGAGCAUGCAGGCUAUGGGAUUGCUUCAAUCUCACACGUUGCUGAGACCUCACGAAUACAGGGGAGGAACCUAUUUGCUGAAGUGACCGGUCAGAGAUUAAAGUAUGCGCUGGAAUUUCACUCAUACUAUGCUCUCGGGGGAUCGGUGCCAGACUGGCUGUGCGAUGGCACACUCACUGGGAGUUUCAAUAAUGUCACGGAGAUUGGACACAGCGAGUUUGUGGCAAGGCUCGGCUACAAGAUGGGUAACUUGACGGAGUACACAGAGGAAAAGCGCCCAGGCGGCCAGAAUGGUCUUUUUGUGUUAUGGGAGACUCUGACGCAUGGGCGCCUGUAA